CGCGCUCAGUUCGACGGUGACUUUUACGCUAACCGGUGUACCCGUAUAUCCACAAAGGUGGGCAGUACUUAUACAUACCUGUCUCUUUGGUACGGUGUGGUGUCGAAGUUUACAAGAUCGGUGACCGACCGAUUUUUGCCGGAUCGUCGUUGUUUUUUUGUUAAAUGUCGUGAGUCGUGAGUCGUGAACAAGCUUCCGUAAUAAUUAACAAUAAAAACUUUGCGUUGUGAAAAAAAAGAGUCGGCUCUUCUCUCGUGCCAGUCGUGCCAGUCGUGCCACCGGUGCCACAGUCCUCGCUCAGCAUCAGGUUUACUUAGCAGGCCUCGGCUCUUUGGUAUCGUUUUCGUCGUUUGUCAUUUUCAUUUUGUAUUCAAUAACAAUAUUUACCUACGUAGCUCAACUCAUUCGUCGUCAUUCAACCUGCCACGUAAACUAUUUCUUCGGAUGAUAAGUUAACUCUGAAACUGCAUCAGGUGUGGUAGCAGAGUCAGCUGCAUCAAACUGCGUGUGUACGACGCACGUACGCAUGCACGUCUGCCGCCGUCAUCGUCGUCCUCGUCAUCAUCACCAAGAGCAAAAAUUUUCUCCAAGAACACAAAUAUAGCCUCAGUAGCAGUUCAGCAAUCAUCGUGUAACCUCGUGUUCGUGGAGUUCCUUUCUCUCUCUGCGAAAGGACACUCCCUGUUUACAGUACUUACUACGUAAAAUUAAAAGGAAACAUGUCUGAGACCAAGGAGCAGCCGGUAGCAGCACCGUCGUACUUGGAUCCACUGUACGAUUUCGUGGGUGAAAUCGUACGCAGCCCUGUGAACCUUGCACUAGUUGGUCUCAUUGCUUUACUCGUGUACAAGAUAUACAAGACCAGGAAUCAGCGUUACGAACCGGCACCACCGGUCAAGGAACUACCUAAAAUCAGGCGUGAUUUCACAGUUGAGGAGCUCAAGCCAUACAAUGGUACUGGACCAGAUGGCAGGAUCCUGGUCGCUGUUAAUGGCAAUGUCUUUGAUGUGACCAAGGGUGCUAGGUAUUAUGGACCUGGUGGGCCUUAUUCUGCAUUUGGAGGGCGGGAUGCGAGUCGAGGCUUAGCAACGUUUUCAAUUGAUCCUGGUAAAGAUGCAUAUGAUGAUCUCAGUGACUUAAACUCUGAUGAAAUGAAUUCGGUUAGAGAGUGGGAAGAACAAUUCAAAGAGAGGUACGAUUACGUCGGUAAGCUUUUGAAGCCUGGUGAGCCACACACAAAUUAUGCUGACGAGGAGGAAGAAGAUAGCCAGCAGGAAAGUGAAUUGAAGACGGAUGCAGAAAAGAAAGACGAAUGACCAUUGCAAUGCCGGGCCAAGCUAAAAUUUCGAAUAAUAAUAAACGUGGCACGCACAUUGUUGUCAAGUGAGGAACAAAAAUUUUUCGAAGUAUCAUCGUCGUGCGUGACAAAAAAUUUGUGUAUGUUUAGUUGAAUGUUUUUGCUACCACAUGUACACAUAGGCAUACAUAUUUUACACAUUAAUCGAGUACAAGCGAAAAGUGCAACAAAAAAACAAUACGAAGGAUUGAAGUCGUUGUAGUUUGUACCAAAAGAAAUAGGUCGUUAGUACUAGCUUAAUAAGUGGUACAAGCUCGCGACAUCAUGCAAAUAAUGUUUUCUUUUUAUAAUAUUCUACAUAAUUUAUACAAUAAAAUUCCAAUCAAUUGACAAUUCCUUGUACACUACUCUUUCCUCUUUGGCAUUUGAUUUGUGCUAAUCGACUGUUUACCUAGCUUGUGCAUUCUCCUUUUUGUUCCUUUUUUUUAAGGAAAUAUUACUUUCAAAGUUUUUUUAAGAGCAGUAGGCCUUUACAAACAUAACACAGGUCAAAAGU